UUACAUAUCAAUGUAAAAGUAUAAAAACUACACAAGGAUGUAAAAUCGUGACUUGGUUACAAUCAUAGCAUAAAAUAAUAAAAGAAAGUACAGUGUUACACAGUGAUUGUGCUUGUGAAGAAUUCAAGGAAAAACAUUUUUCUUCGUACGUUCGUUCACAUUGAUGCCGCAGCAGUAGUUAUGUACAUAUAUUCAUAUGCGUGUGUGUGUGUGUUAAGAAAGGAAUGGAGGAGAAACCAAUAAUGAAGAAGAACGUAAUAAUCAAACGUUAUUAACUAGACAGCAAGGAAGAAGAAGAAGAUAAGCAGCAGAAGGAAAAGUAACAGAAAAGGAGGAAUAGAAGUAAUGCGGUGUGCUAUUGUGUGUUGUUGCACUUAUUCGAACAUUUCCAAUAUAUUGAUGCCGCCGUGUCUCCAGAAUAAAUAAAAGUAAUAAACUCUAAACGAAUCUAAAUAAUUAUUCGCGUCGUCAGUUGUUGCAAAACCAGAAUAGGAAUAACAACAAUAAACCACAAGAGAGCAAGACAAGAAACCGGUAAUAAGUGAGAGCGUCGUCGGCAAAGUGAAGCAACAAAAAGAACGAAAGAACAGUGAUCCACUUAAGAAGUCGAUUGGAAAACAUAGUCACAAAAAGUGUGACCUUUGUGUUUUUGUACUGUCCCAACGCAACCAUUUAAAGGCCUAUUAGAAAAGCAGAAUAAGAAGAAAUUGGUUAAGAAAAUAAAUUCUAUUUAAUUAAUGUCAAGAUGAGUUACAACCAGAAACCGCCCGGUUCUGGUGGCAGUGGCAUGGGUGGAGCAGGCGCAGGUGGUGGCGGUCCGCCGAAUGGACCAAACAAUAUGCCCCAAGUGGCCAAGACAUUUGCUGGCAUUCAACAACAGAUGCAAAAUCUGGUUCAUGGUCAGAAUCCUUUGCCGCAAUCAUCACAGGCUGAGUUGAAUGCAUUUCUUCAACAGCAACGCAUACAGAAUAUGCUGAAGCAGCAGCAACAAUUUCUACAUUUUCAGCAACAAAUGCAACAGCAGCAGCAUCAACAACAGCAACAACAACAGCAACACCACAAUAUGGGUGGAGGUGGUGUUGGUGGUGGCAUGCCCAUUGGAGGAGUACCUGGUGGUGGUGGACCGAAUGCUGGGGGUGGGGGCGAGCCGUUAGCUUUGACUCGAACACCUGGUGCCACAGAACUGUUGAACAAGACCUACCAACAGCAAGCGAAUGGCAAUCCGGCAGCUAAUCCCACUUUUAAUCAGUUGCAGCAGACAUUACAAGCGUUGCCAUCUAACUUUGUGCAACAAUUACAGGCCUUCCAAUAUCAAAUGCAAGCCAAACAAAUGCACCAACAACAGCAUGGAGCGGGCAACUCCCAGGUAGGUGGUCACCUCGGACAACAACAAGGAGGGCUAUCGCAAGGGGUACCGCCUCCCGCCACAACGACAGCUAUGUCGCAUCAACAACAACAACAGCAGCAAAAACAUCAUCAACAACAACAAAAUGCUGCUGCGACAGUGGCUGCAGUACAACAGUUUCAGCAGCGCUAUUUGACAGCUGCUGCCCAAGCAGCUGUUAGUGGCAAUAAACACACCUCUGCUGCCCCUCCUCCGCCGCCUUUAACCAAUCAAAUGAAAACACCAAAUUUGCCACCCAACACCCAAAUCACACCUGUUACAGCAGCAAACAUUGGUGGAAAUGUAAUUCCACCAUCCGGCUCCUUGCCUCAUCAAAAGGGUAGUGCAGGACCAUCUUCCGGCGGCCCUUCGAAUAAACAUCAAACCUCCCAACCACCACCAUCCAUAUCACUUACACCGACAAAACCAACCACAACGGCACCCAGUGCUGCUCAUCAGCAGAAUAAGUUUACACCACCAAACAAUGCUGGCAAUAAAAAUGCAUCGGUCCCACCGCCAGCAGGUCAUAGCCAAAAUGUGCAAAAAACAUAUGCUGGAGGAGCAGGAAACAAUGCCUACAGCAAUACCACAAGUCCAGCUAAAGUGGGAAGUGGUGGCAAUGUGGAUGCUGCUACAGGAGCCGCUCUAAAAUCGCCACAGUCAACUCCAGUACAGUUGACCAAACAAAUGCCCCCGGCAGCUAAUUCCGCGAUAGUUGGUAGUAAAAUAGGGGCUCCUCCACCCCCAACGGCAACAGCAACCACAGCUACGGCAACUCCAACACAGAAGGCAACAACACAAUCGACACCCACUUCUACCAACACCUCGACGACUACCACGCCUGCUGCCCCGCCGUCUCCACAGCAGCCUGUGGUUAAUCCUACUACUAGUGCUUUAAAAACGUCACCACCACCACCACCAACAAUAACCACAACUCCAACAGCACCCACUGUGUUAGAACCAAAACCCUCAACAUCCGAUCCGCCGACGUCGCCUCCAAAAGCUUCCGGCAAAGAUCCAGUAAAAUCUUCUGCGGACCAAAACAACAAAAAUACCACAGAAUCGAAUGCACCUAUUUCGGCAACUGUUACAGCUCCACCUGUCGCUGUUUCUGCUGCCUCAGACACAACCCAAAAAAAGGAUGUGGUCAAACCAGCUGAAGAUAAGAAGGUUGAGGCUGCGGCAGCGGCAACGGCGGUGACUCCAAAGCCACCGGUCGCCGCUGAGCCAACAAAAACCAAAACUAGUGCAUCAAUUGCCUCUGAAUCCUCAAAAUCGUAUGAAGAACAAAAAUCGCAACCAGAAGCUGCAAAAUCAGUAAAACCGGAAAACAGCGCAGAUGAAGUGGCUAAGGAUGGAGGCAAUAAAAGCUCUUCAAGUGACCUACAGAAGCAAGUGAUUGAAAAGAAGGAAACUAUUCUCGAGGUUGAAGUGAAACCUCCAACAACAACACCACCAGAAACCUCUACAAAAACUACUCCCACAACAAGUGUGGAUAAGUCAGAAAAAUCAUUGAAACCCGAAGUUGUGUCUGAAGAAAAGAAAUCCGAUAGUCAAAAGGAAUUUGAAAAGGUCAAUAAUGAUAAAAUCACGGAGGCCAAGCCGAAAGCUAAAGAAGAGAAGAGCAAGGAAGUAGAUGGCGACAAAACGAUAAGCACGAAUGUUGAGAUCGCAGCGACCAAUGUUGAUAAAAUCGCAGAAGACAUAAAACCCAAGGCUAGUACAGAAGCAGUUGAGGCAACUUCGACAAUGGAAAAGCACUCUGAAAAGUCUGAAGAACCAGCCUUGCAGGAAGCAAAGAGCAAAUCGCCAGUUAAGGAGGCGACGAAGCUUGUGGAGAAACCAGUAGAACACAGACUCACUUUGUCAUCAUUUAGCACGGAGGGAUGUGAGGCUUAUUCUAAAACUAUUCCAAAGGAAAAGGAACAAGCGAAGGCACCCACAAAGUCCACUGCGAAGGCAGAGAGUUCAAGCUCCACGAAACCCGUCUCUGCUAUCUCUGCUGUCCCUGUCAAACCAAAUUCUAGUGAUGUGGUCAAAGGAAUACCCGAGACUUCUGCUACAGCCACUUCAUCAUCAGCGGCUGUUUCCUCUACACCAGUUAAAAAGCAAGCGCGUGCCAUUAAGUUGGCUAAAGUUAAGCCUGUUACCAGUAAUAAAACGACUUCAAGCGAAAGCAAAACGCCCGAAAAAAAGGUUGAAGAAAAGACGACACCUGCUAUCGUACGGACAAAGCGUAAAUCCAAAUCUGAACCACAAGCUAUCGAUUCUGCCCCAUCGACACCAAAAGAUGAUGAUUCUGACCGCAAAUCGAAACGCCACCGCCUCAAGACGAUUCUUUACCAAAGUCCUCUGCCCGAGUUGGCCUUCAUCACCAAACUAUCGGCUAGUGAGGCUUCCAACUCGCCUAAGCCCAUGUCGAAUGAAGAUCGCUUGAUCGUUUUCUACAAAAACGAAUACAUGGCAGUACGCAAUGCCGAAGGUACAUUCUAUUUGUGCCAGACCAUGCAAAAUGUUUAUCGUACCUCGCCGCGUAUCAGUAUCCGUUGGCUUUCAGAGGACGCCAAGGAUUGCAAUGUGUACAUACCCGAUUUCUAUGACCACACUGAUAUCGAAUGUGUUCUAACAACGGUGGAGCUAAAGCGAAUUGAUAAGGGCCACAUGCGUUUGCCAAAAUCGGAGCGAACGCGCAUUGAAAGUAUACUCAAAAAAGCUAUUGAUGUGGAAAAAGGAUUGGUACCAAGACCAGAAUUAACGGAGGAAAAUCCAGAUGGACUUGAUAUUUCGCUAUUCAAAGAUGAAUCUCAGAUCGAAAAGAAAUCUUCAAACAACGCUGAUGGAGAGGUUGGAACUCCAACUGGGGCCUCGUCCGGUAGAAAAACGCGGAAACCAUACUCUUCAUCGCUAGCGAAACCUGCAGCACAAACGCCAUCAUCAUCAUCCAAAUCAGCACAAAAGCGCAAGCGCAGUACUGGUUCAGCGACCGGAAAUACUUCAGGCACUCGUAAAUCUCCCGCUAAAAAACGAAAAGCGUUGGUUAAGCGCAAGAAGAAGAAGUCGAGCGAUAGCGAGGACGACGAUGACGAGGAGUCUUCGGAUGAAUUCGAGUCAGACACGGAAUAUAAGCCAACACAAAAGCGAACAUCAGUCACCGCUAGUUCGUCGAAAACAACGCCUCGUGCACAAAGAUCACCUCUGGCCAAAGCCAGAGCUGCAUCACCCAUAACUCCCACAACAUCCAGAACUAAAAAUGUACCUCAAAAGAACACACCCACGCCCACACCCACACCUUCACCGUCUACAUCAAAGGCUACACGCGGCGAGAGAGCUGCUAAAAGGAAAUCUCUAGCAGAUGCCGGAUCGUCAGAAGAAUCAACACCAGCCAAAAGACCAGCAACAACCUCAACAAAAUCAGCCACUAAAUCUAAGACAAAUGAAAAUGUUGCACUGGAGCAAACUAUUACUGUAAACAAACCCAACAGCGAUAGUGAAACUUCAGAAUCAGCCCAAACAACUACAUCAUCAACAACAACAGCAAUACCGAACACCUCAAUACCUGCCUCCACAUCAAUAACUGCUGCUAGUAGCAAUGGCAGUGGAGGUGCUGCUCCUUCCGCGGCUGCCUCCAUGGUGGUCGAUGAUGGUGGUGUUAAUCGACUUUCACGAUGUCGAAAAUAGAUUUAAAUGCAGAGGCAUGGCAUGCAUUCAUCAACACACAAUAAACAACGUUUUCUUUUUUAUCUACAAUGUACGACUUACUACUUAACUGAAGAGAAUAGAAAAACAAAAACAAAAAACGUGUAAGGUUAACUCUCUUAGGUUUAGUUGAUAUUCUUAAGUUUCUGCCGAUGUAUAUUUACUAAGACCUAAUCCUUUUCUUGCUCCCACUAUAACUAUAACAAUAACAACAACAACCACAACCACAAAUAGAAACGAAACCCCAAACACAGAAUUGACCUUAUGACUUAUUUCUCCAUUUCCUCCUUUUUUACGAAGUACUUUAUAAUUAUUGCAAAAACAAAAACAAAACAAAAAAUAAA